GUGAGAGAGAGAGAGAAAGCUCAUUUUCUGCUCUUCGCUGAACACAAAGCAACCUCUCGCUGCUCAUCCCUUCAUUGGUGCGAGGAUGGAGCUGCUGUGGGGCCACAGAAUCUUUGUUCCGCUGAUCUCAGAACCUCUAGGAACCAAACCUGCCGUCUGAAAGCCAGGAGCUUUGCUGGAGCAUCUGGACAAGAAGUUCUCUUAUAGGAGAAGAAUGUGUUCUUUCAGAAGUUCAAAGAAACAUUUCAGAUGAAGUUCUUGAGCUUCCACGGAGCCAAAAAAGUCUUGCUAAAUCUGGAGAAUCUAAUCUCUCACCAGAACCCAGGUGGCAGCUUCUGGAUCCGGUCUAACUGGGCCUUUGGAACAUCCUCAUCAUGGAGCGUUACAACAAUCCGGUUUAGGUGGACGGGUUUUUCCAGAAGGUCAGGAUGGUGCUGAUCAUCACACAGAUGAUAAGGAAGAUGUCCUUGUGACACGUUCAUGUCAUUAGGUGACUGAUCCCAGAGAGAAGGUGGACUCCAGCUUCCAGAAUGCCCGAGCAGAGUAACGACUACCGGGUGGUGGUGUUUGGAGCUGGCGGUGUGGGGAAGAGCUCACUCGUGCUUCGGUUUGUUAAAGGCACCUUCAGAGACACCUACAUCCCCACGGUGGAGGACACCUACAGACAGGUGAUCAGCUGUGACAAAAGCGUCUGCACGCUGCAGAUCACGGACACAACAGGAAGUCACCAGUUUCCCGCCAUGCAGCGCCUGUCUAUCUCCAAAGGCCACGCCUUCAUUCUGGUCUACUCCAUCACCAGCCGUCAGUCGCUGGAGGAGCUCAAACCCAUCUACCAACAGGUUCUGUCCAUCAAGAGCAGCGUGGAGUCGAUUCCCAUCAUGCUCGUGGGCAACAAGAGCGACGAGACGGCUCAGCGUGAGGUGGACACGAAGGUGGGCGCCGCUCAGGCCAGCGCCUGGAAGUGUGCCUUCAUGGAGACGUCGGCUAAAACAAACUCCAAUGUGAAGGAACUGUUCCAGGAGCUGCUGGCGCUGGAGAAGAAAAGGGACAUGAGCCUGAGCAUCGACGGAAAACGCUCGGGGAAGCAGAAACGAGCCGACAAGCUGAAGGGGAAGUGCAGCGUCAUGUAGAGCCAACAGGCCGGGGACCUGCUGUAGAUAAACGGACCGAGAGGCUUCUCUUCUUCUGUGGUGGCUGUCCGCCUCCAUCAGAACGCCGAAGCCCAGAUGAACAAACACUCAGACUCUGAUAGAGGGACGUGGGCUGCAGGCGGGACUUGAAUGUGUUUGUGUUCCUAAAAUACGUGUACAGGGCCUUUGUUUCACCAUCAUGAUGAAGGAACAUUUUAUUGUGAAAUCUGGGCCGAUGAAGGCAUCACGGUGACGUCUUGGUUCGUUCUAGUGCUUCGUUUUACCUCGCCCUCCUCAGGUCGUUUGUUGUUUUACGAGAUGAGUAAGAGCAGAAGGUAAGAGAUGUUUGUGACCCAUCCCAGCCGCACGACCGGAACCACAAAGAGUUCCUGUAAACAUAUGAAGAUGAUUUAGUUACCAAAUGUCAUGUCUUACUGGAGAAGAAAUGAGUGGAAACUAGGUCCAGCGUGUUUCAAACAUGGUGGUUCUGCGUCUGUUUCUUCACUCCUGCUGUUUUUCUCCUCUAACGGGUCGCUAGCGAGGCAGCGGGAAGGGUGUGUUAACGGCUAAGCCACUAGAUGGCGCUGUUGGCUGCAGGAUAACCUCUAAGCUUUCACACUUAGUGCACAAGUGCUGAUUUGAAGGAGGUCACCUCCCAGAAACGUCACCCGUCCUUUUGGUUUGGUGUAAAAAUGGCAUCACUUUGACCCGAAAGGUCGAGUUUUGUGAACUUAAUGUUUGCCCCCCCCCCCCCCCCCCCCACCCCACCCCACCGAGCAGCUGACUGUAAUUAAUCAGCGCGCCACAGAGGCACAAGCACAUUUAAUCUGCUGUCAUCCAGGCUUGUAAUCCCUGGACUAAAUAAUCUCAUCUGCAUUUGGACCUUUAUGCUCAACAGGAUGAUCGAGGAUUCCUUGCGGGGGAAACAUUUUGAGCUAACAAAGGGAUAUUCUGGUGAUUCUGACGUGUUUCUGUGUGUAAGUUAUAAAUAAGUCCCUUCCUACUCGUCGUGGCCUCCUGAACAUCCUCUGUUCAGAGAAAUAGUUUACGUCACUGGGGAUUGAUGAGCUAACAGCUAGUCUGAGUGUUGCUGUUGUGUUAAAUCACAGAUGUUGUGGCUGGUGAGGCUUCGUUGGCCUUGGUUUACUCGUGCAUGUUUAAUGAUGAGGUGACAAGCUUCCACAGCACUCCGAUGAAAAGAUAACAGAAAAUUACAGGAGUGUCCAAAAUGAAGUUUUCCUCGGUUUAAAUAAAACAACGCUGCGGUAAGAAACCAUACUGCUCUACUCCUCACCACGCUCAGCUGGACGUAACUGGUUUGUACAGCCCCACCCCGUGUGUCCGGCUUUUUCUUAAAGUGACAGUAACCUAUUUUCUACCCUACAUGAAUUGACCAAAACAAGACUUCUUUUAACAAAUUAACAUUUUUAAAUACACAAAUGAAAUUGUUUUUAGCUUAAACGUGGACUUAAACGUAUAUGGACUCAAACUUGGUUUCCACAGAUGUGAUGUUAUAAACCUUACAGCAUUCUUUAAACAGUAGAUUUCUGCAUUUGGACGACAUUAGCUGCUGUUAUUCACUUUAAAGGCGAUUUAAACACGUUUCCUGGUCAUUUUUGAGUCUUUCUGAAGCAAAAAUAACAAACGCACAUCCCGUUUCCUUCUCAACGUGGGUUAGAAACCUCACUGCCCGUAUCUGCGGUGCUUUAUCUCACUGGGAAGAAGCUUUUUUUUAAGAUCAUGUUGUGUUUCGUUGACGCGCCGCUUUGUUGGCGCCUCUCUGGCAUGAGCAAUAUUAAAGCAGCUGCACGUCGUGUGUGAGCAGCAGAAAUGA